UACUCUGUCAUCAAUGAGAUACGGACGAGUCCAAGAUAAAGUAGAGGAGAGGCAGUUUGUCGGUUACUAGUUCUAAUAUUGAUAAUUACCAAAUUUUUGAGGAGUGCAAGCAAAAAUUGCAUUCAGUAGGUAGUAAAAUUAAUGUAUAGUGUAUAUCCAUGAAGUGAGCACCGAAAUUCAGUGUCAAAAUAGUGGUAGUAGAAUACAGAGGAAACCGUACCUCCCCCUCGUAGUAACAGUAAAUCGUUCUAAUCGCGUAGUGCAGCUGACUAUACGUACAAUUGGUAGUAAGGCCCGGUCAGAGAAAGCAAUAGUAGUAAGCUUCCCAGGAAAUGUCAACUUAAUAUAGUGGAGGCUUGUUAUUAGACUAAAUAUCGGUGUUGUAGAAUGCUUGCGCGAGUUGGAUAAACUUUUUCGGUGAAACGUUUGUGAAAUCGGCAACUGUGGCGGCAAAACCGGAAAAACGACAGAUCCGCAAACGAAAUAUGCUGAAGUUCCUCACCUAUAAGUUAAGAACUCAUUCAAUAAACGAUGAUAAUUUCGCAAAGGCUGAUGAAGAUCACGACUCUGGUACAGAAUCUGACGAUGAAAUAGAAGAUCAUGUCUUGAACACUGUCGAAAUGUCUGAAAGAAUAUGCAAUAACGUGUCUCCAGCAGAUACAGGUUGCUCGAUGGAGAGUCCCGCUCCUGACCGGGAACACGAUCCGCACUCCUCAGAAGAAGAACUGGAGGUGAUUAAUAAUUCUAAAGAGGCACGCUCGUCAGAACGAACGUUUCACCACCACCAUCAUCACCUUAACCACAAUCAUCCGCAAGGACAGCAGCCGCAACGAGCCACGUCUGUGUGUUUGCCGGAAAAACGGAAGUGGUCUCAAAGGGGUGAUAAUACUGUCGAAACCUCUGCAGUCACCGGUAUCUUUGACUGUAGUACCCGUUACAGUCCUGAAAAUGAAGAAAAUAUGUCCCAUUACGGCAACAUCAGUUCGUCCGCAUCACCUUGUUCACUCUAUGGAGGUAACAAGUUCGGUGACGAUGCCGUCCAUCUAGAGCAUUCCGAAGUUGUUUUUAAAGGUUCUUCAGAUGACGAAGUACACCAUUUAUUGGCUACUCCCGUGCAGUUUCGAACGUCACCACCUCUGGAGGCUGUGAGACCUGGCGGAAAAACUCCGAAUCACAUAAUUAGGUCCCUUAGUCCUCCUUCGAAAUUACUUCACUAUGAGGUAUCCCCCAGGAAACGGUCACGGCAUACGAGACACACCCACAUUCAGAGGCCUUGCUUAGACUUCGAAAAAAUGCAACAAUUGAAAGCUCGUUCAGUGACGCCAUGGCGUAAUAGUGGCGAACACGGUGGAGAACUGUCUGUAUUCUGUUGGUGAGACAAGCUCACCGGGCGUUACCAUCUGCCCAACAUCGAGUCUAGAAUCCUUCCUGAAAUUAACUCGCCAGCGUCUGAACAGACAGACUUCACAUCCUUACCUGAUCUGCGAUUAAAUCAUCUCAGCUGUGAAUAAACCACUCUACACACUUAUUACACGUGUACUUAGCGGGUGCACGCACACUCGUACGAAACACAGAUACACACUUUCACUUUCAAUUCACAUACACCACACUAUAAGUAUGGUUAAAUGUUCACGCUACAGACGAACUGUUCAAAAUUAAUGCGUAAAUCAACUUCGUGUUCCCAUAUUGCAUAAACUAUUUCUCUGAACCAUUUAAGAAUUCGCUUAAUACAGCACCAAAUUAAAAUAUUUUUAUGUGUAAAGUACUUUCUUCUAAACACAUUCAGCACCAUAUACAUAACAUUAAUUCCCACUCGAUAAAAAUUCACUUUCUUCCAGUUUCGAUAUUAAAAGAUUCUCAUUUCUUUUAUUCUUAGAUUGGCUAUUUUUCAUCAAGUGAUAAAUACAGACAGAUCGACGGUUUCUUUAGUAGUUACAAUAGACUCUCAAAAAAUAUAGGGUGCUGCUGAGUGUAAUAAAACUGUUCCUUAUUUUCAGUUUAUCGUCUCGUAGUAUAUACCUAAUUAAAAUUUUUAUUUUUUGCUUGUAACAAAUCCAACCCAGGCCACUGCAGUAUCUAAAUUAUAUAGUGAAAAACACUAUUUGAAAUAACUUUCGUGGUAUUUCCUUGACUCUUGGAAUAUCUCCUACCUUUAUUUUUUAUUAUUUUAAGGGCUGCUAAGAGCUGGACUUUAGCAGUUUAUAUCUUUUUCAUUUAAAUAUAGAAUUAUAAAAAUUUGGUACUAGUGUCCAAUAUAAAAUCUGAACAAAAUUGAAAUUUUUAAUUAUAUCUAUUAAAUUAUUAAAAGAAAUAAAAUGUACUGAGGGUAGUCUUGAUAUUUCCUGAACUAUUUUUAUCUUGUUAAAACACUGCAGUGGCUAUGUAGCACUCUAUUAUUGUUGAUUACCUUUUUUCUUAAUACGCGAAUUUUUCAUAGUACCUUAAGUUUUCCACUAAUGAUUUUCGUUUAAUACAAUGUGAUAUAACUUUUUAGCGUAAGUUUAUUCAUUUACUUUAUUUCUGAAUAUAAACAACAAAAUUAAUUUCAAUGUAAAAUAAUUAACGAAAAAAUCGUCACAUUAUAACCCCUGCCACCACUUUUUUGCGAUUAUUUGGUUUUUAUAGUUUGAUCUGAUAACAUAUUCAAUAGUAAUAGUUUUGCUGUAAAUAUUACUAGAUACAUAUUUCACUCAUUUGAAUUUGUUCCUAUAACAGCCACUAAGUUACUACAUACUAAUUAUCUGCAGGGUGACCGCCGAGUUUUUUUUUUUCACUUUUCAAUCAUAAAUGUUUGUACGACAACGACAAAUAAGUAAGAUAUUUGACAUUUAACAAUGCAAUAAGAGAACAUAUUGUUCUGUGGAGCUUCGUUGGGCCUAAAAACAAUGUUUGCAACUGUUUACCAUAAAAAAGAGCCUAAAAAUAUUUCUGAUAGUCUUUAUAAAAAUCCGUACAAGGCGCCAAGCUCUUGUUAAAACGCACAAAACGUGAAUUCCACCCUACCAUCAAUUGUGAUUAAAAUUAGACAUUUUGGUCACCCAGUAUAUCAUAGAUCGUAAUUACCUUACCUGCCUGCCUAUAUUUAAAUUUUGAUAUAAAUUAUUCAUAACUGCGUCUCUUACAUUCAAUUUUUAAACACGAUGUAUAAUUUGCUUACCACAAGUAAUAAAGAGGGAAACGAUAAAAUCAAAAUUACAGAAACAUUUUCCCAAGAGACAGUAUCAUAGCCCCUAAAGUUAUUGUUGUUUAGAAUGAAUAAAGUAGAUGUAUUAUAUAUGAUAGGAUUUUCAACAAAUUUAAAGACUUAUACAAAUGGUAUGUUUGUGAAUGUGUUUGCUAUACUGUGAAUAUAUAUUGUAGAAAUAAUAGAGUGGUUCCAGAAAUAUUACUUAUAUUUUAUUUACUAUUACUUUAUCCUAAUGUUUAAGAUAUACCUAACAGCUUAUUUAAACUUUGCUUUCUCUGUAGUCAACGUUAAAAGAGCUACCUAAGAUUACUCUACACAUAAGUUAACAAGUAAGAGUUUACUUUUUAUUUGUAACUUGAUUUUAACGACACAUUUAUUGAUACCCGUAGUAUAUUGCAAGAGAGCAGAUUUAAAAAGAUUUGCUGAAAAAUGUACCGAAAGUUGCCAUUUUCUGUUUCUUUAAUAAUGAUUCCAGGGUAAGCAUUUUCUUCACUUGUAUGUUUUUGUGUAAAAGAAUAUUAUAUAUAGUUAAUAUUGCUAUAUAUAUACAUCAGAUAUAUAUAUACAAAUAUUUAUAUAUAAUCACAGGAUAGUCGAUAGAAUGUGCAAAAAUUAUAAGCGAUAUAUAAGUACAUGUAUGUUUAGAGUAAACUUAAAUACCUAUGUGUUUGUUUAACCGAACCCAGUGAUGUGUUAAGUAUUUCUGCAUAAUCUAGUGCAGCGAGAAUAGUGUUACUUUGACUCUUUUGUGAUAUAUCUUCAAAUAAAUGUCACAUAAAAACAAUUAGUUGUAGCAACUUUUAGACUGCAAAAUUUGAUAUAUCCAAAAUGCUCAUAAUUUGUGUACAAUAUAUUCUAAAAUUACAAAAACUAUUCAGGGAUUCGUUGUUUUUAUGUGGCUGUACUGCACCGUGUAAGAAUUAGUUGCAAUAAUCAUGAGUUUAGUUAUGUUACUUAACAUUGUAUCUAAUAAAUAUUUUUUAUCACGAA